AUGGAGGGUAUGUCAUUUGGAGCUAAGGUGGUGAUGGUUGCUGGGAGCUGGCUGCCUUCCUCGAUGUUAGCGAAGCUGCUAGAUUGGGAAUUUGGCAACACGAUAAAUGAACAUGAUCCUAAGGUGUUUGAGAAUACAUUCAUGAAGAAUAUGGAGGGGAAGAGUGAGAGCGAUGUCAGGUGCUUGGAUGACUUGGAGUUUAGGCAUAUUGUGAUAGAGAGUAUGAGAGAGGCGUUUAGACAAGGGAGUGGAGGACCUGCGUGGGAGUUGGGUCUAUACGGAAGAUGGGGAUUUGAGCUCGAGGAGUUGAAUGAACUCGGGGAGCUUGUUACGUUGUGGCAUGGGAAGAAAGAUAUGAAUACGCCCUUUCUGAUGGCGGAGAAAGCGGCAAAGGUGCUAAAGGGCUGUGAGUUGAAGGUGUUUGAGGAGGAGUCACAUCUGAGUCUUCCUUACAAUUAUAUCGAAAAGAUCAUAAAAUGCAUGUUGAAUGAGUGA